AUGAUAAAGAAAAUGCACAAAUUAAAGGAAGUCAUCGUUUUAAGAGAUAAGGGAAGUGAAGAUGUCAUCACUAUUAACGAAUUACUGAAUCGAAGGUUGGAUGUCAAUCUGGAUGAAUUCAUAAGUAAAAAGGACAGAGCCAAUGAUGAUAUUAAUUCUAUAUUUAAAACAUUGUACAGCGAAGACGUAUAUGAUCUUAUCGAAACGGUUGGUACGUGUGUUCGUGAAAAGAGAGAAAUUGUAGACGAGAAGUUUUCUGUUGAACAAAUUGACCAAUUGGAACGGCAUCACCGUGAAAUAACGGGAGCUCAUACCAAAUUAGACACCCUGACUCACGAAAAAUUGAUACAUGCUUAUGAUAAGUUAACAGCAGAAGUCAACAAUACCGAAAAUCUUAAAAAUGAUCUUGUGAAAAGGAUGAGCGAAGAUUUAUACAACAAAAUGAAAGAAUCUUUGGAAUCAUUUAAAACUGAGUACGAUCAGUUAGUUCAAAAUAUGGCGGAAUACGAAAGGGAAGAAAAAAUAUUAGAACAGAGUAUGGAGGAAGCUUUGAAAAACGAAGAAGAACACUUCAACACGUUACAAGUGGAUGGACAAGCUCUCAAAGACACAUACAACUGUACAGUAUUCGACAAACUGAAGGGUAGUCUUUUACAGAGGGAACUCGAAUUGUCACAAAAAAUGGACCACAUCAAGGGUCUGGUAACUCAUAUCGAGAAGCUUCUAAAAUAUUAUAGGAAUUUGGACAAGUACUUUUAUUUACUCGGUGAUAGUAAUUAUGUAGAACGAAUAGAAGUAUUAGCACGAAAUAUUCAACCCGAAAUGAUGAAUAAAAAUAUAAGUAUUGAACAUGACAGCUUUGAAAGAAGCAGAGAAUCUAUAAAUAAGCCCCUCAAAAUAAUCGAAUGUUUAAACAAAACCAUACAUUUUCAUAACCACUUAAACAGGAGCAUAAACGAAUGUGAAGACAUUAAUAAAUCGAUCAACCAUUUAAAAGGAAAAAUAGUCUCGUUAAAGGGUGAACUACAAAAAGAAAUUGAUGAGAUUCGAUCAUCUGAUCUGAUAAGUGAAGCUGUAAAAAUUGAAGUACUAGCAAAGUUGGAAGCAGAACUGGGAAGUGUAAAAACCAAAUUAGAUGAAACCCACAUGGAUGAUUUUCUCAUAAAAUCAACAGAUUUGAAGAAAUUCUACAGUGAUUCAAAAAUCGAUUUACACGAAAAGAGGCAAGAAUACCCUGUGCACGAUUUUUUAGAAAAAGUAAAUGACUGGACAGAAAUUAAAAUGGCAGUCAACAAAUUAUAUCAUUAUUAUAGUACAUUUGAAGACAAUAAGGUUAAACUAAUUAUAACUAAUUCGUGCAUAUACUUAGAAUCAAUAUACAACCUUAUAAAAGAUUUGAUACAAAAAACAUGGGAGAAGAAGGACGAAAUGACUGAGAUAUUUUCUUCAAUUUCGAAAGAUAACUCAAGUAUGUACGAAGAUGCUAAAAACUUUUUUGAUAGCGUCGUUAAAUCCAUUGACACAGUAACUCAGACGAUUAGAAAUAUGGAGAAAUUGAUAAAGGAAAAUGAAACCAUAAUAGAAGAAUUGAAAGAUCAACGCUGGAAGUUACAGAAUGUAGGGAAUGCACCUACCGAUUUAGAAAAAUUAGAAGUAAACAAAAUGACGCCAACAAAAUUGGAAACAUUAUCAUUGGAAAGAGUCGAACGUGGGAAACUAAAGGAUGAUGCAACUGAUUCUACACUUAAGGACGAUAAAGAAACAGAUAACGUGAAGGGAGAAGAGACAAAACAAGAAAACGUUAUGGUGACGGAGGGAUCACAUCGGCAAACAGAAGUUUACACGAGUAUCGUUUUCAAAAAUGACAAAAACCAUCAAGAAUCAGAAAAAAUAGAUGAGAAAAAGUCAAUAAAACCAGUAAGCACCGGGAAGAAUGUAGGACACAGCAGUUAUUUAAACAAUAAUAAUAGUAACAAGGAUAGUAACAUACAUAGCUCGUAUACACCAGGUGGAUAUAACACUCCAAAUGAUAAUCACAAUACUAAUGUAUUUGGGGAUGAUAAAAAUGAAGAAACGAAAGAAAAUAGAAAUUAUGUUUUAUUUGUCUAUGUAGGAGGACUGCUUAGUGCUUUUUUCAUUUUUAUUGGUCCUGUCUUGUAUUUGUUAAAUAGAAAAAUACGUAUAGCGGGGGUCGGAAAAAAGAGUGACAAAAAAAAUCCAACCACUUAA